GAUAAAUUUUAUUUUUUAAAUAAAAAAAUCAUACAUCAUUCAACCAGUCAAAUGGAUGCAAGCUUAAAAAAAAGAAGUUGAAAAGCUAAACAAUUCUUCGGUAAAACAGUCUAAAAAUGACAAAAAAAUAAAAUAUUUGCCAGAAACUAGUCUAGGAAGCUACCAAACAGAAAAGUUGACAAGACUGGUUAAAUAAUUCAGUGUUUUUUGAAUAUAAAACUGGCGGGGAAUAUAACUAACCCUUUGAACCAGGGAAGUCCUCCAAGUGGCAGCAGCCUGGAAGUCCAUGGUUCACCUGCUGGCAUCCACCCUGUUGUCUUUUUCUGUUAAAUGUACAAAGAGAAGCAGUCAAGAUUUCCAUGCAAAGAAUGAUAAUCGAGAAGUUUGUUCAACGUUACCUAACUUUGUGAUAAAACCUUUGGCAUGUAAAAAAUGGUGGCAAACUGCUUCAGGAACUGACUCACUCUAGGAGAGAAAUUCAGUCAUGGAAUUGGCUCUCCCUCCUGUGAUGGCGUCCUCGGGAUUCUUGUCAUCUGGGUCUUUGUUGCAGUCCUUGAUUCAUGUAUCUAAUGAAGUAGCUUCAAUGGAAAAGCUUCCUUAUGUAGAGGUUAGGAACAUUUCAACCAUGAUGAGGAGGAUCAAGCUCCUUUCAUCUUUGUUUGAAGAGAUUCAGGAAAUAAACAGCCCGCUCCCUCCAUCUCUAGUCUUGUGUCUUACUGAGCUUUUCUCUGUGAUCCGGAGAGUGAAAGUUUUGAUCGAAGGGUGCAAGGAUGGUAGCUCUCUUUGGGGCCUGAUACAGACAGAGCUCAUUUCCAAUCAAUUCUAUGUGAUAGUGAAGGAGAUGGGGAGGGCACUCGACAUUCUACCUCUGAGUUUGCUAAAUAUAACGACAGAUAUCAAAGAGCAAGUUGAGCUGCUUCACAAGCAGGCGAAAAGGGCUGAAUUGUAUGUAGACCCCAGGGAGGUUCAAACAAGGGAAGAGCUUCUCCAAGUAAUGGCCUCUAACAAUGGAAAGAACAGGAAGAACCAACGGUUCGUUGACAUUGAAACAGUGAAAGAAGUUUUGAGCAGCAUUGGGUUGAGAAGUCCACUGGAUUAUGAGGAAGAGAUAUCAAAGCUAGAGGCAGAAGCACUGAAACAGGCAGGUACAGGAGGACUGUUUGUAGUUUCCAACAUAAACAAUCUCAUAUCCUUUGUUUCAUAUUCCAAAUCCAUGAUUUUCUCUAGUAGUGAAGAAUGUGAGAAGAACAAAGAAGACAUCAACCAGUUAUGUGGUUCCAUAAACAGAAAUCUUGAUCAGUCUUCAUCUUCUCAGUCAAUGUCUUCAAAUAUCCCCGAUGAAUUUCGUUGCCCGAUUUCGCUUGACCUGAUGAAAGAUCCAGUGAUCGUAGCAUCUGGGCAUACAUACGAACGAAAUUCAAUAGCUCAAUGGAUCAACACAGGACAUCACACAUGUCCGAAAAGUGGGCAGAGGUUAAUUCACAUGGCCUUGAUACCCAACUAUGCACUCAAGAGUCUAGUGCACCAAUGGUGCCGAGAGAACAAUAUCCCAUUUACAGAAUGUUCAUCUUCAAAUACAUCAGAGUUGGAGAGAAGUAAUAGCGAGCAAAAAGCCUGUGAGAAAGCCAUUGAUCACAUUUCUGCGACGAAAGUGGCAAUAGAUGCUGUCAAAAUGACAGCUGAGUUUUUAGUGGGGAAGUUAGUAAUGGGGUCCCCCGAUAUCCAAAGGCAAGCAGCUUAUGAGCUGCGGUUGCUUGCGAAAACUGGCAUGGAUAAUCGCAGGAUAAUUGCAGAGGCAGGAGCUAUACCAUUUCUUGUGACGUUGCUAAGUUCCAAUGAUCCGAGAAUCCAGGAAAAUGCUGUCACUGCCUUGCUCAAUCUUUCCAUUUUUGAUAACAACAAGGUCUUAAUAAUGGCAGCUGGAGCAAUUGACAACAUAGUUGAAGUUUUGGAAUCAGGAAAAACCAUGGACGCAAGAGGAAACGCAGCAGCAACAAUAUUUAGCCUGUCAAUGAUAGAUGACUUCAAGAUGGCAAUUGGGCCUCGACCGAGAACAAUUCUGGCCCUGGUUGGGCUCUUGAGAGAAGGAACAACAGUUGCCAAAAGGGAUGCUGCAACUGCAAUAUUCAACCUUGCACUUUAUAAUGCUAACAAAGCAAGCAUCAUUGCUGCUGAGACAGUCCCUUUGCUCGUUGAAUUGUUGAUGGAUGACAAGGCAGGCGUAACUGAUGAUGCCUUGGGAGUGCUGGCUCUACUUCUGAGCUGCCCUGAAGGGCUUGAAGCUAUAAAGAAGAGCAGAGUUUUGGUGCCUCUUCUCAUUGAUCUCUUGAGAUUUGGAUCAGCCAAAGGGAAGGAGAACUCUAUAACACUUUUGCUGGGGUUGUGCAAAGAUGGAGGAGAGGAAGUUGCCAGACGCCUGUUGAUCAAUCCGCGAAGUAUUCCUUCCCUUCAAAGUUUGGCUGCUGAUGGCUCUUUGAAAGCGCGAAGAAAGGCUGAUGCACUGCUUAGAUUGCUCAACAGGUGCUGCUCCAAAUCUCACAAUCCAGUCGGAUAGCAUGUCACCAACAUCUAGAGAGUGUAAAUUUGUGGAUU